UCCCCGCAGUCUUGACGCAGCACCCUGCUUUCUUUCUGUGGAGUUUGGAUCAGGAAGUUUUGAGCUGGGUAUAAAAACAGGGCGCUCUCAUCAAAUUUUCAGUGCCCGGUAGACAGACUUUUCUCUCUGUCCUCCUGUUCUUAUCCUUCUAUUGGCAUCUGUGUUGAGGUAGUCUUUCACCAUGUCUGACGAGAAACCAACCGUUGGUGGUGAUGACCACAAGGAGAUUGGUUCAGGCCUCAAUGACACGCCCUCCAUCGUGCAGGAGAAGGCGACGGAUGCUUUCGCAGACAUCAACCAUGUUGCGCGUCUGGGCAUGCCGAACGCGGCGGAGCUGGAGAAGAAGAUUGUGAGAAAGCUGGACAUGUGGAUGCUGCCUCAGCUUUGGAUCUUGUACAUGUUCAACUAUCUGAACAGAACAAACAUUGCGCAGGCGCGUUUGAACACGUUCAAUGAGGACCUCAAUCUUGGAGAGGGAGAUUAUCAGACUGCUGUUGCGGUUCUAACUGUUGGAUACAUGCUUGCUCAGCUGCCGUCUAACAUGCUGAUCACUCGUGUUCGACCUUCCAUCUUCCUGCCUGUUGCUGCAUUCAUCUGGUCCGCCAUCUCAGCCUUGACUGUUCUUUGCACCAGCGCUGGUGGUCUCUGGGGCGUCCAGUUCGUUCUCGGUAUUGUCGAGGCCCCUCUCUUCCCUGGUGCCGUCUUCCUCAUGUCCUGCUGGUACACCCGUCGAGAAUUCGCCCUCCGCGUCGCCCUUCUGUACUCCGGUCUGGUCCUCGCCCAGGCCUUCUCCGGACUCAUCGCCGCCGGCGUCUUUGCCGGCCUUGACGGCCCCAUGGGACUCGCUGGCUGGAAGUGGCUCUUCAUUAUUGAAGGUGCUGCCAGUGGUUUCUUUGCCAUCACUGCCUUCUUUGUCCUGCCCAACUACCCUGACUCGCCUACAGGUGGUGCUACACGAUACAUGACUGAGGAUAUGCGCAAGCUUGCUGCUGCGCGAAUUCUCGAUGAUAGAGUCGAGUUCUCUGAGAAGUCUACUGUCAUGCAUGGACUUAAGCUUGCUGUUACCGAUCUCAAGCUUUACAUGUUCUUGUUCAUGAACAUCUUCAUCACUUCGUCUUAUGGCUUCAACAACUUCUUCCCCACCAUCGUCAGAGGUCUUGGCUUUGGUCAUAACGUUACCUCGCUUCUCAUGACUGCCCCUCCUUACGUCUUCGGUACCCUCUGCACUUUCUACGUGUCAUGGGACUCUGAUCGCAGAAAGGAUCGAGGUCUUCACAUCAUCAUCCCCCUCUCCUUCUCCGUCAUCGGUUUUAUCGUGACCGUCGCUACCGGCAACGCGGCAGUCCGAUACGCUAUGACCUUCUUGUAUGCCGCUGGUUGUUUCUCCGCCAACACUCUGCAGUAUACUUGGGCUGUUUCUACUCUUGGUCAGACCCCUGAGAAGCGUGCCGCUGGUGGUGCCAUCGUCAACAUCUUUGGUCAUCUUGGCAACGUCAUCUCUCCCUACUUCUUCCCCGAUAGAGACCAACCUCGAUACACCAUGGCCAUGAUCUUGCAGAUCGUCUUUGCCAGUCUUGGUAUUACCCUUGCGUCUAUCAUCAAGUGGCACUUGACCAGGAAGAACAAGAAGAUGAAGGCUGAAGCUGACCGUCUUGGUGUUGACUUUAACCCCUUCACUACUUGAUCGACGCAUAAGGAUAAGAGACAAGAGUGCCAUCAAAGGAUUAAAGCGGAAGUCCUAGAGUGAAUAAGAACCUGUCUAAUACGUACAUGAUAUAUGAAUAGAAAAUGCUAUCACAGCUAUGAGAGGCUGCAAACUCAAGACUACUGCUUCUUGCCGAUCUUUGGCUGAAUCGCAAAUACUGAAGCCUUAUGAUCCUGAUCGAUAUAGGUAUAAUAGGCUCCCUAAUUUAUUUACGUGCACCUAUCCGUCUAUCGAUUCUCAUGAACACCUCCUCUCUCCA